AGUUCGCGCCGCCAAUGAGCGCGCUUGACCCUGAAGCAUCUGCUGGAGAUCACGGUGACGCGCGUCGCAACAAACGCAGGAGGCAUCACGUUGACUAAUAUCCCCGGUGCACGAAACCUACUAUUAUAUAACAAUAUACAAGAUGUCCAAGCCACUAACGGACCAAGAGAAGAGGAAGCAAAUUUCCGUGCGAGGUCUCGCCGGGGUUGAAAACGUCGCAGACCUCAAGACCAAUUUUAAUCGCCAUCUGCACUUCACUUUGGUUAAGGACCGAAAUGUUGCAACGAAGCGCGACUACUACUUCGCCCUGGCGCACACCGUCCGCGACCAUUUGGUGGGAAGAUGGAUCCGGACGCAGCAGCAUUACUACGAGAAAGACCCGAAACGUGUGUACUAUCUCUCUCUGGAAUUCUACAUGGGGCGGACCCUUCAAAACACCAUGGUAAACUUAGCUUUGGAGAAUGCCUGUGACGAGGCCACCUAUCAGCUGGGUCUGGAUAUGGAGGAGCUGCAGGACAUGGAGGAGGAUGCUGGCCUGGGCAAUGGAGGCCUUGGUCGACUGGCAGCUUGUUUCCUGGACUCCAUGGCAACCUUGGGCCUGGCAGCAUAUGGAUAUGGAAUCCGAUAUGAGUUUGGAAUAUUUAAUCAGAAAGUCGUGAAUGGCUGGCAGGUGGAGGAAGCAGAUGAUUGGCUGCGUUAUGGCAAUCCUUGGGAAAAAGCCCGACCUGAAUACAUGCGUCCUGUGCAUUUCUAUGGUCGAGUGGAGCACAACCCUGAUGGAGUGAAAUGGGUGGACACACAGGUCAUCCUUGCCCUUCCCUAUGACACACCUGUCCCAGGAUACAGAAACAACAUUGUUAACACAAUGAGGCUCUGGUCUGCCAAAGCUCCAUGUGAAUUCCACCUCAAAGACUUUAAUGUUGGUGGAUACAUCCAGGCCGUUCUGGACAAGAACCUAGCUGAGAACAUCUCCCGUGUGCUUUACCCUAAUGACAAUUUCUUUGAGGGGAAAGAGUUGCGUCUGAAGCAGGAGUAUUUUGUGGUGGCUGCGACUCUCCAGGACAUCAUCCGCAGGUUCAAAGCCUCCAAGUUUGGCUCGACUGAGGUAGUGCGCAUGGAUCUGACCACACUGCCAGAUAAGGUUGCUAUACAGCUGAAUGACACUCAUCCUGCGCUGGCCAUCCCUGAACUGAUGAGAAUACUGAUAGAUGAUGAGAAACUAACCUGGGACACGGCUUGGGACAUCACUGUGCGUACUUGUGCAUAUACAAACCACACUGUGUUACCAGAAGCUCUGGAACGCUGGCCUGUCGAUCUGUUCCAAAACCUUCUGCCCCGUCACCUAGAGAUCAUCUACGAGGUUAACCGACGUCACCUGGAGAGGAUCUCUGCGCUCUACCCUGGUGAUCAUGAUCGUUUGAGACGCAUGUCUCUUGUUGAGGAGGGCGGUCAGAAGAAGAUUAACAUGGCUCAUCUCUGCAUCGUUGGCUCUCACGCAGUCAAUGGCGUGGCACAAAUCCACUCAGACAUUAUUAAAGAUACUGUUUUUAAGGACUUCUAUGAUGUGGACCCACAGAAGUUUCAGAACAAGACCAAUGGUAUCACACCUCGUCGCUGGCUCGUCAUGUGUAACCCUGGACUGGCUGAGGUUAUCGCUGAGAGAAUUGGAGAGGACUAUAUCCGCGACCUGAGCCAGCUGAAGAGCCUCUUGAAGUUUGUGGAUGAUGAUGCUUUCAUUCGAGACAUUGCCAAUGUCAAACAGGAAAAUAAGCUGAAAUUUGCAGUGCAUCUAGAAGAACAAUUCAAGGUAAAAAUCAACCCAAACUCCAUGUUUGAUGUCCAAGUGAAGAGGAUCCAUGAAUACAAAAGACAGCUGCUGAACUGUCUGCACAUCAUCACCCUCUACAAUCGCAUCAAGAAGGAGCCCAACAAGGCCUGGACUCCUAGGACCAUAAUGAUUGGAGGCAAGGCCGCUCCUGGGUAUCACACAGCUAAGAUGAUCAUCAAGCUGAUCACAGCAAUUGGAGAAGUGGUAAAUAAUGAUAGUGUGGUGGGAGAUCGUCUGAAAGUCAUCUUCCUUGAGAACUACAGGGUCACACUGGCUGAGAAAGUCAUCCCUGCAGCUGACCUGUCUGAGCAGAUCUCCACAGCAGGAACAGAAGCUUCUGGAACAGGUAACAUGAAGUUCAUGCUGAAUGGAGCUCUGACCAUCGGCACCAUGGAUGGGGCUAACGUGGAGAUGGCAGAAGAGGCAGGAGAAGAGAACCUCUUCAUCUUCGGCAUGAGAGUGAAGGAUGUGGAAGCUCUGGAUAAGAAAGGAUAUGAUGCUUUGGAGUAUUAUAACCGCAUUCCAGAACUGAAGCAAGCCAUUGAUCAGAUCUCUGGAGGAUUCUUCAGCCCUGGAGAGCCGGAUCAGUUUAAAGACAUUGUUAAGAUGCUGAUGUGCCAUGACAGAUUCAAGGUGUUUGCUGACUAUGAAGACUACAUUCAAUGUCAGGAGAAAGUCAGCGCCCUGUAUAAGAAUACUAAAGAAUGGACCAAGAUGGUCAUCCACAACAUUGCUGGCUGUGGCAAAUUCUCCAGCGACCGCACCAUCGGCCAGUACGCUCGUGAGAUCUGGGGCAUGGAGCCUAGUCUGGAGAAGAUCGCAGCUCCAGACGAUCCCCGCUAAGUUGUUCCACAUCAACAAAAUCUUCCUUUUGUUAUAGCUGUUCUCACAUUCAGUUUAUUUACCAUUGUGAAGAUGUAUUAAGGUGAUUUUAACAGUGACAUGUCAUAGGAGAUGUUACUUCAUCUUGCCGUCAGACAGCCAGAAUACCUCACAACUUCUCUGCAUCCCUGGUCUAGCUUUGUGGCAUGUUUAUAUACAGUAUAUGUGUUUUCUUUUUGUUUUUUUUUUAUGUUUUUGUCUAUCCACAUGCCAGCAGAAUAGCACAGCCUCAUCCUGGAGAACCGAAUAUACACUGUGUAUUUCAAAACUUAUUUUGCCACAUAUCACAGCAUGAUGAUGACUGUUAUGGAAACAGUUUAAGAAACCACCAUUUUAUUUAUUUUUUGUGUGUGUGUGUGUGGGUGUGUGUGUGUGUGUGUGUUUUUAGACUCAAAUCUUAGACUGAUGAUGAAAAAUCACGUAUACUCUAUUUUAAUUUCUGACAGGCAGUUAUUACAUGAACAAUCCGGCCUUUAAUGAGUUCAAAUAUGGUACAAUAACAGUCAUAACCAAUAUAAAAUACCUGUUGAGAUGUCCGUCAUGUAUUCUGACUGCUUGAAACUACCUGCCUUAACCAUGCGAGGGUUGUUUGUGUAUGUUUAGGUCUAUAUCUCUGCCCGUCUUUCAUUGGCCUGUUGAUGCUCAUAACUUGAGCUCCUCACUUUAGCACUUUAGAUAUGAUCUGUCACUUUUGUCCUCAGGUUUACUGUAGUUCUUUCCUGUUGCAGCUCUGGUUUUCACAUUAGACCUGCAGAAAACUGUUAAAGAUUCAGAAAUGUAUUUACUCAGAUAUAUUAUGAUAGACUUAUUUAUUUAGAAUAGGAAACAAAUGUAAGUGGCUAUUUAGCAGACAAUACUUCAAAUCCGCAAUUAAACUAGACAUAAAUUCCUGGUUUAGUGAUAAUGGAUGGUGGUUUAUUUAUGUCUCCCCUACAUGGACUGAACCUAACCUGCAACUUAUUUUGUUCGCAGCUUCAGCUGCCACCAUCCCCUUCAUUCCCCUUCUUUGUUCUGUCUGAAUGUUUUGCUUGUAUUGUGGGUGACAGCAAACACCAAACAGUCCUGCUGAUGCCCUUGAAGAGUGACAAAAUGAAAUAAAGUGAUUAAGAUUAAGUGAUUAAUA